AUGUCACGAUACCGGCUGCUGGCAUCGUUGUCCCUCCCGAGGCGGUAUUACGCUGUCCGCGCCGCCCAGGGCGGCCCAGCUGUCGCAACUGUGUCGGAUCUGGUAUCCCUGAGACCGCAGGACGGUGACGACGCAGGCCUGCAGGUGCAGGUGGAUGGAUGGGUCAGGAACAUUCGAAAGAGCUCUGCUGUGCGGUUCGUCGACGUGACUGAUGGCUCCACGAGCGUGCCUAUGCAGGCAGUCAUCAGAAAGGACCUGGCAAAAGAUAUGCAGUUUGGAGCUGCGGUCCGCUUAAAGGGUAGAUGGAAAUGCCGGGAGCCACAACGGAGCACCGAGCAGACCUCGGAUGCUGCUCGCAGUCCGCCACCGGCUGCGUCGACAAAGCCCGCCGAACUCCAAGUCGACGAGGCUGAGAUCUUGGGCCCGUCUACUGCCUCUAAAAAGUAUGCGACUCCAGAGAGCCUGCGCAGUAUCCCCCAUCUCCGGAUGCGCACGCCGCUCAACUCGACCAUGCUGCGGCUGCGCUCCGACACGCUCUCGGUCCUGAACCAAUUUUUUGCAGAGUCCAAGUUCCAGCAGACGCACCCACCCAUCAUCACGUCGUCGGACUGCGAGGGUGCGGGCGAGACCUUCCGAGUCGAGGGCGGCACGUCCAAGGACCCGUUUUCCGAGACGGAGCAGUAUCUCACCGUGUCAUCGCAGCUCCACCUGGAAGCCUUUGCCCAGGCCAUCGGCAACGUCUGGACGCUGUCACCCACGUUCCGUGCCGAGCGCAGCGACACGUCGCGCCAUCUGAGCGAAUUCUAUAUGCUCGAGGCGGAAAUGGGCUUCGUAGAGGACAUGGACGAGGUCAUGGACUUUAUCCAGCAGAUGCUCAAGUCCGUCGCCGGGGGGCUGAGCGAGCGGAGUGCGUGGAAGGAGCUCGACAGCUUCAGGCUGCACCCUCGGGACCCUGCCGAGCGGCGGGCCGUGGAGGAUCUGGACGACCGCGGGAGGCUGGAGAAGCGGUGGAACGGACUGCUCACGCCGGAGCGAUGGCCGCGCAUCACAUACACCGAGGCCAUUGACAUGCUUCAGGAAAAGGCAGACCUCUUCGGCUUUGCGCCUACGUGGGGCAAGCCCUUGCAGAGCGAGCACGAGAAGUACCUCGCCGAGACGGUCGGCUCCGACUCGUCCGGCAACGCCCACAUGCCCGUCUUCGUGACGCACUACCCGCGGGCCAUCAAGGCGUUCUACAUGCGCCAGGCGGCCGAGAACCCGUCCCAGGGCAGCGUCUUUGACUGCUUCGACCUCAUCGUGCCCGAUCUGGGCGAGUUGGCGGGGGGGUCCAUGCGCGAGCACAGGCUCGACGCCCUCACGGCAAACAUGGAUGCCGUCCUGGGACCGAAGAGCGGAUCGCACGCUGCCCUAGACUGGUACGUCGACCUGAGGCGAUGGGGAAGCCCGCCGCACGGGGGCUUUGGCAUCGGCUUUGACCGUCUUCUGAGCUACCUGACCGGUGUCAAGAGCAUCCGUGACAUCGUGGCAUUUCCGCGACUGUACGGCCACAUUCACUGCUAG